UAUUACUAUAUUAUUAGUCUCAAAUUGAUACGUUUUAAGCGUUUGGCAACAAUAACUCAUCCAAAAACCCAACCCCAUAUCAAGUUGCGCAAGCGUGUAAGAAAAAUAAACGCAAAAAUAUGGAAAGGAUACGGAGCGUGCAGGAAAUGAGUUAACGAUAAGGAGCGUGCAGGAAAAUAAGUAAGCGAAACUGAGCGUGUAGGAUUGAAGGGAAACGUCAAAAUCGUUUCCGGUGCGCGAGGUGAAAGUUAUACGCGAAAAAUCGUCGCGAGUGAAAUUCUGCUGCCCCGGGGAAAAGUCGGGAGAAAAAAGGAAAAGAAGGAGCCAAAAAGCUUCGGAAAGUAAAAGCCAAAACUUGGCAAACACCAGACUUGGGCAGACCGCACCACGUGCAUCUUUGCACCCGCCAUCCGACAGCAAAUUCGGCUCUGUGUCGGCAAAAAGGGCAAAUUCAGCCGGGAAAUUCGGCUUGAGAGGGGUCGAGGCGAGGAAAAGAUCUUUAAAAAGGUCGCUCAGGCAAGUAAAUACUUUUGUAGAGUAUGUUUGAUUACACUAAUACCGGUGCAACACGCACAGGCGGCCUUUUUUUUUCUCAUAUCAACUCCCCCAUCUCGCUGGUACCGUCGGAGACUUUCCCCAGGGCCGGCAAGCAACAGGUCCACGCAUCCAAUCGGCUCCAAUCUGCGUUCCAUCGCCGCACUGCUAGCGAAGAAAUCCCGGCGAACUCGGGCCAAAACCAUUCGCUCUGCGUCGGCGCGCCAGUAGCGCAAGGAUUUCGGGGAUACCGCUGCCGAUCCGGACGGGAUUGCAUCGCCGCAGCGAGGAGCAUCCGAAGCAGCCACCGAAGCUCCUUGCCGCAUCUGUGGCGUAACCUCCGGGAAUCGCCGCCGAAGAAAAGGGCCUCUGACUGCCGAAGCAGCCACCGAAGCUCCUUGCCGCAUCUGUGGCGUAACCUCCGGGAAUCGCCGCCGAAGAAAAGGGCCUCUGACCGCCGAAGCAGCCACCGAAGCUCCUUGCCGCAUCUGUGGCAUAACCUCCGGGAAUCGCCGCCGAAGAAAAGGGCCUCUGACCGCCGAAGCAGCCACCGAAGCUCCUUGCCGCAUCUGUGGCGUAACCUCCGGGAAUCGCCGCCGGAGAAAAGGGCCUCUGACCGGGCGCAGCAGCCGCCGAGAUUCCUCGCCGCAUCUGUGGCGCGACCACAGCCGGAGCAAGGGUCCUCAGACCGCCGCAGCAGGCGAUCAUCGGGCGCAGCAGCCGCCGAGAUUCCUCGCCGCAUCUGUGGCGCGACCACAGCCGGAGCAAGGGUCCUCAGACCGCCGCAGCAGGCGAUCAUGGGGCGCAGCAGCCGCCGAGAUUCCUCGCCGCAUCUGUGGCGUGACCGCCGCCAAAGCAAAAGGCCUCUGACCGCCGCAGCAGGCGAUCAUCGGGCGCAGCAGCCGCCGAGAUUCCUCGCCGCAUCUGUGGCGUGACCACCGCCGAAGCAAAAAGCCUCUGACCGCCGCAGCAGGCGAUCAUCGAGCGCAGCAGCCGCCGAGAUUCCUCGCCGCAUCUGUGGCGUGACCACUGCCGAAGUAAAGGGUCCUCUGACCGCCGCAGCAGGCGAUCAUCGGGCGCAGCAGCCGCCGAGGUUCCUCGCCGCACCUGUGGCGUGACCACAGCCGAAGCAAGGAUCCUUUGACCGCCGCAGCAAGGCGAUUAUCGGGUGCAGCAGCCGCCAAAGUUCCUCGCCGCAUCCGCGGCGUUACAGCUGGAAGCCACCGCCGAAGCAAAGGGCCUCUGACCGCCACAGCAGGCGAUCAUCGGGUGCAGCAUCCACAGCAAAUUUCGUCGCCGCAUCAGAGGCGAGAGACAUCGGAAGUCCAGGCCGAGGAGGAAGCAUGUUGCAACCUUGUGAAACGAGUGAGUACACGCUACACACAACGAAAAAAAUCUGUAAAAUCACAUCACAUGUGAUGUAAAUAAAAAGAAGCAUCAUAUAUGACGGAAUUUUCAGUGCUAGUUGGAAAUUACACGCCAGUGAAAUUUGGCAACGUGUAAAAUAAAAAUGAUGUAAAAUUUUGCAACGUGUAAAAUAAAAAUGAUGUAAAUUAUAAUCUCACUGAAUAUUGGAAGAGAAACUUUCCAAUUGGAAUUUAUUUUGUUUUAUUUUUUGUUAAUAUGAUUCAACAAUGGAAUUUUCUCAUCUCUUCAUAAAAAUUAAACUUUUUUGUAACUAAUUUAAUUUAUUUUACUUAGCGACAAACAUUUUUUAGCACACAUUUUUUUUAUUAGGAUUCACUUCACCCUUUUACUUUCUUCCCCGGAUCCUAAGUUGAUUAACGUGGAGCCGCUUCCGGAACCGCAUCCCUGCUUCACGAAGAUCUCCGGGAAUCUCACUCGCGGGAAAACUGCUUAAACUUUGGUGCACGACUUGACUUGACACUUUUACAUUUGUCUAUGAUCCUGUUCUUGACAGUUCAUAAUUUUACAUGACAUUAUCAUGUUCAGUGUUUGCAAUAUUGAUUAAACACAAAUUCAAUGUCGUCAUCACAUUCCAUGACGUGUAAUUUUAAGAAAUUUCUUAUUCAGUGUUGUUAAGAAUUGUGUGCGACCAAAAACAUUUGUAAAAUUACAUCACAUAUGAUGUAACGAAAAAGAAGCAACACAUAUGAUGGAAUUUUCAGAGCGAGUUGAAUAUUACACGUCUAUGAAUUUCAACAGACGUGUAAAAUUUGGAAGACAUGUAAAUAUUUAAGACGUGUAAUAUUUAAUUCGCACUGAAAAUUCCGCCUUUUGCAUGCUUCUUUUUAUUUACAUCAUAUGUGAUGGAAAUUUACAUCAACUAAUCGCAUUCCGUGUCAUGUAAUAUUCAUGUCCUUCGAAUUCAGUGCUAUUAUGGAUUCAUCUUUUUUCAAUCUGUAAAUUUACAUCAACAAAUCGCGUUCGACGUCAUGUAAUAUUAAAGGUUUUUCAAUUUCAGUGUUGUUAAGGAUUCAGAUUUUUUU